GAUCAGAUUGGUGAUUUGCCUGUGCAUGUACAAUGUAGAAAGCCUCCAGGGACACAAUUUCUGUGGAUUUGAUGCAGUGCUUCAGCAGAAACGAGCAACACAAAUCCUCAAUGCUAUGCCAACAUGGAGGUGCACACAUGACUAUUGCCUCUCUGUCUCUCACUCUUACUCACGCUGUUGUUCACACACAUAUUUGACAGACAUACAUGCACAUGCGCACUCAGCCUCUGAAGGGAGGCAGCUGCAGACACACAAAUACACACAUGCACGCGCCUGCAGCCACUGCCUGAUUAGCUUGCAAGGGCUGUCUACAGCAUCCAGGGAAAUGGCGAAAGAGGCAGAGCACUGUAAGACGAUCGGCAACCUAAAGCAGCAGGAUUAGACCUCUGGCAUUCUGGGCCAGUUGAGGCAAGGACUGACUUGGAGCAGAGGACUGGGUUGCGUUGCCAUCGGGAGGCGAGCUGAUUGCCUGUGCACAGGCAGUGUGCUUUUGAGAUUUGGAGAGGCGACUCAGACGGGCUGUUGCACCGGCAGGACUGGUCCGGGCCUUUGGAUCUGUACCAUUGGGGAGGGGCAGGCGACACAAGGAAAAGGAGACUGUUUUUCCCAGACCACAGAAUUGGUGUGAUUCUUCCGCGGAUCGUCUGCUUGGAGGCCUGCCUGCUUGCGUUCCUCUCAGAUUCUUUCAGUCUGUCCCUAUCUCAUUCCCUGUGUUCUUGUUUUUCUCUAGUUUUUAUCUGCAUCCCCCUCAUUGCACCCAACUCCUUUCCCAAUGCUCCUGCUGUCAUCCCUGUUCCCUUCCCCUCCAUUAUUUGACAUUACAAACAUCCUUCUCUCUAUUUUUCUCAUCUCUGCCAUCUAAGUCUUUUUGUUACUGUUUGUCAAGAGAAUCAGCUCUUGCAGUAUUACCUUUGUUUACGUCUCUCCCAAAUAAACACAUCUUCUCAAUUAACUCAUCUCUGUGUCCUUCAGACGGUCUUGCAUUUCCCUAUCUUUCACUCCAUCCUUACUCAGUCAGCCCUCAUCCACCUUUCAUCCUGUGGUGAUUUUAGAUUUGGGUCAGCCAGCUCAGGAAAUGGGAUAAGAUGUAGUCUUCACAGCAGCCAGAUCCAGGGGGGUCUCCUGGUCUGCCCAACAGGGGGACCCUCAUCUCCGGAGCACACUGAAGCUGGAGCCUGACUCAGGACUGGGUGCCCUGCAUUGGAGUACUGGAUGUAGAGAAGGAAAAUCUGCACAGGCUGCCCCUACCCUCCACCCCUUCCUCCAUUCCCCAUUUUGGGGCAGACGCCGCUCUGGAGUGUCCCGGUUUGACUGGCUGUGGCCUCUCCCCACCAACACUGACAACGCCCUCAUGCCACUGGGGCACCUGUCAUGCCCCUGGCCCACUUCACUAUCGCACCUCAUACCUGUGCCAUAGGCCCAAACCCCCAGGUUCCCUCAACAUGGGUGUGGUAGAGGCCAUCGACCCAGUGUCAUCUCAGUGCCCCUCGCCUGUGCCAGGGGGCUACAGGCUGCCCCGUUCCUCCAGCUACAGUCCUCUGCAGGGGAGGCCAGGGGCAGAGCUGGACCUUGAUGCAGCUGAUGGAGGCGUGAGGGAGGGAGGUGGGACAGCGGCCGAACGCAGGACCCCCCUAGUGGACCUGUUCUGCGAGACCUGCUCAAGGCCCUGGCUCAUUGGUUGGUGGGACCAGUUCAAGAGGAUGUUGAACAGGGAGCUGUCCCAUUUGUCAGAGAUGAGUCGCUCAGGGAACCAAGUGUCAGAAUACAUCUCCACUACCUUUCUAGAUAAGCAAAACGAAGUGGAAAUCCCGUCUCCAACUUUGAGGGAGAGAGAGAAGCCCAUGUGUCACAUCAGUGGUGUGAAGAAGCUCACGCACAGUUCCAGCCUUUCCAACUCCACUUUGCCUCGGUUUGGCGUGAAGACAGAGCAUGAGGAAGCUUUAGCCAGGGAACUGGACGACUUGAACAAGUGGGGCCUUAAUAUCUUUCAUGUGGCAGAGUUCUCCAAUAAUCGACCCCUAAGCUGCAUCAUGUUUGCCAUCUUCCAGGAAAGAGAUCUACUGAAGACCUUUCGGAUCCCUGUCGAUACUUUUGUCACAUAUGUGAUGACCCUGGAGGACCAUUAUCAUGCCAAUGUCGCCUACCACAACAGCCUUCACGCUGCUGAUGUCACUCAGUCCACCCAUGUACUGCUAUCCACGCCAGCUCUAGAUGCUGUAUUUACAGACCUAGAAAUAUUGGCAGCUUUAUUCGCUGCUGCCAUUCAUGAUGUAGACCACCCAGGAGUGUCCAACCAAUUCCUCAUAAACACAAACUCAGAACUGGCCCUGAUGUAUAAUGAUGAGUCUGUUUUGGAGAACCACCACCUGGCUGUGGGCUUUAAGCUGCUCCAUGAGGAGAAUUGUGACAUCUUCCAAAACCUUACCAAAAGGCAGAGACAGAGCCUGAGGAAACUUGUGAUUGAUAUGGUUUUGGCUACAGACAUGUCCAAACACAUGAGUUUGCUGGCAGACCUCAAGACCAUGGUGGAAACCAAGAAAGUGACAAGUUCUGGAGUUCUAAUGCUCGACCACUACACCGACAGAAUACAGGUGCUGAGGAACAUGGUGCACUGUGCAGACCUGAGCAAUCCUACAAAGCCUCUGUGUGUAUAUCGGCAAUGGACGGAGAGAAUCAUGGAGGAGUUCUUCAGACAGGGAGACAAGGAGAGGGAGCGGGGCAUGGAGAUCAGUCCCAUGUGCGAUAAACACACCGCAUCUGUGGAAAAAAGUCAGGUGGGCUUCAUUGACUACAUUGUUCAUCCACUAUGGGAGACAUGGGGAGACCUUGUGCAUCCUGAUGCCCAGGAGAUCCUGGACACUCUAGAGGACAACAGGGACUGGUACCAGAGCACUAUCCCACAAAGCCCAUCGCCACCUCCUGUGGGCCAGGACAAGGAGCUAAACAAAUGCAUUGAUAAGUUUCAGUUUGCACUCACCCUGGAAGAGAGCUCCCAGAACAAGCCAGGACAUGAGGGCAACAACACCACACCAAACCACGUGGCCGAAGACUGCAGUGACAUGGACAAGGACGACGAAAAUGAGGACAAGGAAGAUCUAAUGUCAGAGGAGAAGAAUGAGGACAUAAUAGAGGAAGAGGAUGAGGUGGCAAUGGAGGAAGAGGAAGGAGAGGAAGAGGUGAAAUCUUGUAUAGGCGAGGAGCCGGAAAAGGAAAGACUUUAUGACACAAGUCCUGUAGAAGAAGAGGAAGAUUUUUCUUCUCAAGCUGAUGAUACAUGAGGUCUGCUCCUGUAUCUCCCUCCUAACUUGCACACAUUAUGUUGUUGAUUCUUUAAAUGGUCAAACAAAGAACAAAUAUGACUGCAAUGACAAUACAGACCUUUAAAUAUAUUUUUCAAAAAGGGAAUACAUUCAAAAUCGCUCAAAUAGAAGCUAAUUACACAGCAACUGUAGAUUUGGAGUGAUAAGUUCUAGGACUAAUUUCACUAGAAACUUAAGACUAAUGGGAAUUCAGAAGGCCAUUAUUGAUGGGUAAUGGAAGGCAGUGUAGCACUCUGAUGACUGGAAUGCACAUAAAUAAACACACGUGAAAUUACACCAAGAUAUCCACAAAAAACAGAUUCAAGAGCAAGUCAUGUAGAGUACAGCAAUGCAAUGUGCAAACAUGCAUGCAGCAAAUCAUGCAGUCUAACUGCAUUUCAUAUGUACCCCUAUCGGUUUUCAGAAAUGCACACAGAUUUGCACAGACACACACCUACACACACGUGACUAUAUGUUUGUCUUUCUGCAUUUACACAAAGGACAUUGAUCAGUGAUGAAUCUCUUUGGAAAAAGCCAUUCCUUAUUGGUGUAUUAAGCAGUGUUCAGUCAGUGUUAGUAUUUCAUGUCUGUUAGAAUCUUAAUAGAAACUGCUCUGCUCAGAGAAGCUUCGUGAAUUUUUUCCAUUUCUGUCGGAAAUAAAGAUUAAAAAAAUAAAUCUGCAGAGUUGGAGAAAGAGAAGAGCGUGACGUAGAAGUGAAGAAAAGGAAGAUGCUGCGUUGAAGGGGCCCAGAGCGGUCCCCUAUCCUUUUUCCCUUUACAAGGAGAGUACUACUGGUGCAAGAUGGCUCUGUGCCUUUGUGAAACAUCAGCUUCCUGACCGAGGCUGUGGUGAAGCAAUGCAUUGUGGAACAGGAGAGUCUGAUUUUUGGUAUAAUUUGUGAUUGUCUCUUGUUGAAGAUCUCUCUUUACUGUUCAUGGUGUAACUCACGCGCAAGUUUCUGUGGUGAUAUGUUUUCAGAUGUAAGUCUUCCUUUUGUUGCUCUUCUGGUAAUAUGACAACUCAGAACUAUAGAUGCAGAGCAAUCACUAACACCACCACUACCACCACUGGUCUCUUUCCAGGUUAUAUAUUUAUUUCCUAUUAGAUGAUUUUUAUUAUUAUUGUUAUUUUCUAAACUUUCAGAGAAUAAGCCAUGUGAUGCUUUGAAGCAUAUACAUUUUUGCCUAUUUUAUAUUUAAAAGGUUGCUGAAUAUGUUAGAAAGGGAGAGAGAAUUCCUCAGCAGAACAAUAAUUAAUUUGCUGUCUCACAUCCAUGCACUCUUUUUGUAUUUUUGUCUUCUCAUACAUAGCGAUUCUCACCAAAGUUAAGGAGGACAAGCUUCACGGGUGAGUUGAAUUGAAGGAAAUCAGGGAGGUAGAAUGUCAGAGAAAAGGUUUGCUAGUCCCUAAUCACCCUUUCUAUGUUUGAUGGUUUUUUGCCUUAAUGUUAGAUGCAGGAUACAUACCUAUAAGUAUGUAGAUUUAAAAGAAGAUAUAAUAUAGAUAUCUUAGUAUAUUUAUAUCACAUCUGUAUACUUAUUUAUGUGUUGGUGUGAUAUAAUGUAUUUUACAUUUGAAGGGGAAGUGGGAAACACUGUUGCCAGUUAUUUUUGUCUUGGCUGUGCUUGGAUCAACUAUAAAAAUGUGCUGCUUUAAAGAAAAUAUCAAGAUUGCAUCCAAUAGCUUUCUGAAGACAUUUGAGAUGUGAUUAUGAGUGAGCCAGUUAACAGUACAACACAACAGGAUGUUAAAAGAUGUAGUGGCACACGUUGUUGUCCGCUCAUCGGCAUCGCCACAUCUCAUUGUACAGCGAUCAGGAUCUGAUCAGCACAGCCUAAAUGUGCCAGGUCAUUAGCGUGUUUGUUUUCUCACAGGGUAAAAUGAAAAUUAACAAAGUUAAAGGUAAGGGCGAGUUUCUGCAGGUCAGUAACUGAGCUCAUCUGAAGUCGCCAUAUUUUGGUGCAACAGAAGCCUGCGUGUUUGGUUCAGCUGUGAGGCCACCAUGCAGGCUUUUCCAUGUAGUGAAAAUGGGAAUUCAGGAUUAUUAUCACAGUUACUUAAAUAUCAAAAAAUAUAUAUCCCAUAUGCACUGGCCUUUUACUUUAAACAUAUUCCUUCAUUUUUGUGGCUUCUCGUUCUGUCAUAAGCUAUAAAAACAGUAAUAUUUAAUUGCCAUACAAACACGAUACUGUAGCAAUUGUUUCUUAUUAAUGAAAUUAUUCAAUUAAUUAAUUGCUGCCAUUGUUUUUAAACGAUGAAAAGAAAACAUGGGAUAGUGUUUUCUUUUAACAGCUUGUGUACAGUUUAUUUUUAUAUCAUAAGGGUGGAUGUUCUGGAAGAAGAAUCACGUGCUGAUGAUAUAUAGCUAUAAUCAUUAUCACUCUUGUAUAUAAUGUAAUAAUGUACUGUAAAAUAAAAUUUUAUCGGAAUUAUAAUGGUUGACAACCACUGAGACACUGCAAGCCACCUUGUCAUUCUCAAAUACUAUAUUUCCUCACAUGUAGGUAACAUUCUGUCAUAACUUUUAAUUGUGCACAUUUAUUGUUAAAAUCAAAUAAAUUUGUACCAGCACUUUAUUUCAUCAGGUUUCAAGGUAAGACAGUGUACUUCAGGUAGUGUGCAGUCUCUGUAUUCAUCUGAGCAAAAAUCCCAAACCCACAUCGUGCAGCAGUUGAGAUUAUCAACUUUUUAGAGGCACUGUAAAAUAAAUCAGACAUCCCCCUGAAAGAUUAUAUGAGAUUAUUAUUAUUAUUGUGUUUUUACUGUAAGUCACAAUAUGUGUCCUUAUUUGACUUGGUCAUUCCCAGCACUAACACCCCCUUUGUUUCUUAGUAACUUUACGCACUAUCUAGCCUGAUAGCCUAAAUGUCCAUCCCAUGGUGGCCUAUUUAUCUGGUUCCCAUUGGUGUUGCUGUCAGGUAAUGUUAUCGCAGACUGACUCCCUUUGAGAGAAAUCCUCUGGGCUUUAAUUCACGUGUUUGUCAUUAGUGUGAAAGCUCAUUGAAAGGGGGAUAAAAAACAUGAAAUGAUUGUAAUAUUUGUAAAUUAACUUGUUGUAAUGUGUAAAAUGUGUCCAAGUUAUUUUUUAUUAUAUUAUUUUUAUGAAGGUUUUUUCCUCCUGACAGAGCUGAGGUGUCAUUUUUGUGAAUAAAUGCAUUUAAUAAGCAACAUCUAUAUAUAUAAUAUAGUACAAUGGUAUAUCAGUAUAUUUUUCUUUUAUUUCACUGUUCGGUACUGUAAACUGUGUUAAAAUACAAAUAAAGCAAGAUUUUUAUAUUGAAACAAA